CUUGUCGAAGCCACAGAAUGGAUGGACAAGCGGGCGAUCUAUUCAUUUGGCCCAUUGUUCUUUUGAGGAUCUAUUCUUCGCUGUAAUCUUGCUACACCAAGCGGGGUAUAUAAGCCGUAACAAGACGAGGGGGCUGCAGAACCCUUAACACACUCAACUAGUCACAAGUCGCAUCCUUGAUUUUCAGUUGCACCAUGACCAAACCAGGAGAUCAUAUUAAACGGCCCAUGAACGCGUAUAUGGUAUGGUCGAGAAAAGAGCGAAGGAGGAUAGCAGAGGAAUGCCCGCGUAUGUUGAACUCGGAGAUAAGCAAAAGGCUAGGACUCGAGUGGAAUUCGCUCACUUUGGACGAAAAACAGCCUUACGUAGAAGAAGCCAAAAGACUGCGCGAACUGCAUAAAAAGGACUAUCCGGAUUACAAAUAUCAACCGAAGCGCAAACCCAAAACAAGUCCAAAACUUAAAACACCGGGACUAAACCCGUUUAUGCAUGGCUAUGGGGAGAUGCCAGGGAUAGGUAUGCCUCCUCCAACGAACCUAUGCCAACCAAUGGCUUCCCAUAUGGGUCCUAUGGUUAACAUGGCAAGCUGCCCUGGAUCGUGCACACUGCCAGAGCCUCCACCGCCCUACCAUUUUUCCCCGCACUACUCCUUCGUGCAGAAUAUCUCGGACUAUAAGAAUCAAUGUGGUUCGCAUCUAUCACUGAUGAGCAGGGAUCUGCCAUACCCGUCACCCAUCGGAUAUCCAUCGCACGGCGCAUCGCACCCGGUGCAGUUUGUACAUCGCAGUCUUAUUCCAGACUCUGGGUCUGUCGUACACGCGACUUCACCCAUAGACGCACGAAGUGGGCUAGCGAGACAUCCUUUAGACUGUGUUGUCAUGCGGCCGGAGGGUUACUGACAAACGUUUUAUUUCAUUGAGUCUAAAAAGCUUAAAGGACAUUUUUAGGACCUGUAAAGAAAAUGGCAUAAGUAGAAGUCGUAGAAAGUUUAGGUAAUCGUGUUAGUGUUUAGGACGGCAAAUGGUCAUCGUAUAACAAGUUACUAUGGAGUUUUACCACAGAAACCGAACGUUCAAUAGAAGCGUCGCUUAGCAAAGCAGCACGUUCUAAUGUUUACAAAAAUCUGCUUUAUCACUUUCACGGAUUAACAGGUUUAGUUUACCAAACCUUAGAUUGUUUUACAAAACAUCGAACAAUCUUUCUUUCGAGAAAAGAAAAUAUUUUGUAACCUGUAAAAGCACUAGUUCCUCUUUUGUAAAUUUGUAAUUAAAACGACUUUUUGAAAAAUGUAGGUUUUUACAACCUUAAAAGGCCAUCCUGUAUAAAGAAAAAUUGAGGAUUAUUUAUUGUUAGUUCCCACUCAUUCUAUGAAUGGAGGGGUUCAAUAUGUGAUGAAUUUUUUUUAAACAAACGAACUUUGUAAAUAAAGAGUAUCUUUAAAAAGCUAA